GUGAUCCACUCCAAGAACCUGCUGCGGAGUGGCACCUUGGUUGGCACCUUCAAGCUAGAUGUUGGCACAGUCUACUCCCAGCCUGGUAAGGGUGCUGAGACUGGCACAUGGGUCUAGACCCACAAUGUUUCAGAACCUCUUAUAAGGAUACAUGAUGAUUCAUUGGUUAAAUUAAUGGAUGAUUGAUUGGCACCUGUAUCACAGAGCACCAGUUCUACCACAAGUGGGCCAUGCUGUCUGACCCUGAUGACAUCACGGCGGGGUGCAAAGGUUACAUCAAGUGUGACAUCGCCGUGGUGGGGAAGGGGGACAACAUCAAGACUCCCCACAAAGCCAACGAGACGGAUGAAGACGACAUAGAGGGGUAAGAGAAUGUUGACGGGUUAUACAAUGUUCUAGCGGUCAGAGAAUGUUGUCAAAGGGUUUUGAUGAAACAAAAUCAGACUUGCAACCAUUUUUCAACCUUUUUUUUUUUUCUGUUCAGGAACCUCCUGCUUCCAGAGGGAGUUCCUUUGGAGAGGCAGUGGGCGCGGUUCUACGUGAAGAUCUACCGAGCCGAGGGCCUUCCCAAGAUGAACACCAGCAUCAUGGCCAACGUGAAGAAGGCCUUCAUUGGAGAGAACAGAGACCUGGUGGACCCAUAUGUACAAGUGCUCUUCGCUGGACAGAAAGUAGGUCCACUACUCAGGAGAUCAGGACUUCUCAACACCAUGAAGCUGUAG